AUGUCCAGUCGAUUCGGUUUAACUACUCAUGAAGAAGAACACUCAGUCAAUCAAGAAUCAAAACCAAUCGAAACUCAUCAAUUAUCAGAUUCACCUAUGCGUAAUGAUCUAUCACCAAUUCCAACUCCCAAGGAAACUCCCACUAAAAGAUCAGUUUCAAACUCAAUAAGAAACUCUCCUACACUCUUACCACAACCUUCACCUAGAUUACAUUCUACUUCACCAUCUUUUCGUGCUGUUUCACCUUCACUCUGUUCACUUUCACGUCAAUCUUCUUUACAUUCUCAAUAUUCAGAUGCAGCUGGUCAAUCUUCUACUAAUACAAGUCCGAUCUUAAGUCCUCAAGUUUUACCUUCUGUUGUACCUACUUCGAAUCCGAUUGGACAUCCUCCUCCUCAUCAUCAUCAAAAACGUAAAAGUAGACAUCCUUCUUUUUCUUUUCAUGGUUUAGAAGGUAAAGGUAGUACUGGUAGUGCAGUACAGAAACCUGAUUAUAGUGAGGCUAAGAUUGUGGUGGCUAUGGUUGGAUUACCGGCUCGUGGAAAAUCUUACUUGAGUAAUAAACUACAAAGAUAUCUUAAAUGGCUUGAGUUUAGUGUCAAGGUUUUUAAUGUUGGACAAUAUCGAAGAGAAAGGUAUAGAGAACGAGCUCAAAAGCUAGGACAAAAAGAAGAUCAAUCAGCUAAUUUCUUUGAUCCAUCGAAUCAAAAUGCCAGUGAAGUUAGGGAACAGAUGGCUAGUGAAUGUUUAGAAAGCUUGAUCACUUGGUUAAAAGAUGGAGGAAAUGUUGGAAUCCAUGACGCAACUAAUAGUACUAAAGCACGUCGAGAUAAAAUCGUCACCAGAUUAAAAAAAGAAAGAAAUAUCAGUUUGAUUUUCUUAGAAUCGAUUUGUACAGAUCCCAAUGUGAUUGCAGGAAAUAUAGCAGUUAAGGUGGCAAGUGGAGAUCCAGAUUAUGAUGGAAUGCCAAAAGAAAAAGCAGAAGAAGAUUUUAUUAAACGAAUUAAACAUUAUGAAGAUAAUUAUGAACCGAUUGAUCCGGUUUCAGAAGGUCAUUUAAGUUUCUGUAAGGUGGUUAAUGUAGGGUAUGAGGUGACUGUUAAUAAGAUUGAUGGGUUGGUUUCUUUAGAGUUUCAUAAACUGAUAAAUUUGUGGAGGUUUGUGUCUGAUUUAGUUUUGCUUUACUUGGCUCUUAGGUAUCUUGCCUCUCGUGUUGCAUUUUAUUUGAUGAACCUACACGUCACACCUCGUUCAAUCUUCUUCACCCGCCAUGGAGAAUCACAAUAUAAUGUGGAGGGUAAGAUUGGAGGCGAUUCUUAUUUAUCAGAAAGAGGUGCUCAAUAUUCAGAAGCGCUUCCUAAUUUGAUUGCUGGAUCAAUUGGUGAUACUCCAUUAACGGUUUGGACUUCGACUUUGAAACGGACUAUUCAAACUGCUAAACAUCUUCCUUAUCCAAAACUAACAUGGAAAAGCUUAGAUGAAUUAGACGCUGGUGUUUGUGAUGGAAUGACCUAUGAAGAAAUUGAAGAACACUAUCCUGAAGAUUAUGCUGAACGUGAUGAUGAUAAAUUUAAUUAUCGUUAUCGUGGUGGUGAAAGUUAUAGAGAUGUGGUGGUUAGAUUGGAACCGGUCAUCAUGGAAUUAGAACGUCAAGAGAAUAUCUUGAUUGUUUGUCAUCAGGCGGUUUUGAGAUGUCUUUAUGCGUAUUUUCACAACUUGAAUCAAGAAGAAUUACCUUACAUCAAGAUCCCAUUACAUACUGUGAUCAAAUUAACACCAAAGGCUUAUGGAUGUGAUGAAGAAAGAUACUCAGUACCGAUUGAAGCGGUUGAUACGACUAGACCUAAACCGGUUAAACUUGGUUCAUCUGUUAAGGUAGAAGAUGUGGCACCUUCUCCUAGUACUAGACCACCUAAAGAAGCUAAGAUUCCUAGUGGUUUGAUUUGA